AUGAAUCACGAGGAAAUAAAGACAGUCGUGCAGGAAAAAUUCCUAUCCAGCGAAAGAGUUACAGCUUUUCUGUGUGAUGCUAAAGUGCUCCACCCAGAAUGGGUAAAAAGAGAUAGACUUCUUGCUAUUGUGGAAUAUGGUGACGAGAAAGCUGUUUUUUGUUUAUUUUCGUCGUGUUACCCACCGAAGUCUUUUACAGACCUAUCUAUUGAAAUUGUAUUACCGAUAGAUAACAGUUUUAAAUGUGAAAUAGAUAACAAGCCCUCGGAUCCCGAGGCAAUCUUGUACCUGAAUUUACAAUCUCGUUACAAUAAGUUUAAGUUUGAAAUCCAAAUGACUCCGCGCGUUGAUAAUUUUGUCGACGAUUUAUUCAGAGGAAUAGAAGCAGUUAAUAAGAUUUCGACACAGCCAGAAUUUGUUUGGCUAAAAAAGUAUAGUAUUAAAGAUGAAGAAGAUUUUAUAGCAGAAAAUAUUGUGCUUCCUAGAACUGGCAUUUCUAAUAUGCCUAACACAGCUCCAGUGGCUAUCAGAGAGAGCUUGAUAAAGCGGAAAAUGUGUGACAAGGAGUCAGAGUACACAUUUACAAAACAGUUUACUGUUUUUUGUGGUACAUGGAAUGUUAAUGAUAAGUCUCCCAUUAUCCCACUAAAGGGAUGGUUACAUAUUGACAAAGAACCACCAGAUAUAUAUGCUGUUGGGUUUCAAGAGCUUGACCUGUCUAAGGAAACUUUUCUUUUUGACCAAACUUUUCGGGAAGAUGAGUGGUAUUGUGCAGUUUUGAAUUAUGUUGACAAACGAGCAAAAUAUAUUAAGGUAGAAAAAGUACGCCUUGUUGGAAUGAUGCUAAUUGUCCUUAUUAAGGAGAAACAUUAUCCAUUUGUGCGUAACAUUGUGUGUGACACAGUGGGAACAGGAAUUAUGGGUAAAAUGGGAAAUAAGGGAGGUGUGUCAAUAAGAUUUGACUUGCACAAUACAUCUCUAUGCUUUGUAAACUCCCACUUAGCAGCUCAUGUUGAAGAAUAUGAGAGGAGGAACCAAGAUUUUAGGGAUAUCUGUAGUAGAACUCGGUUUCCACAAGUAAACCAACAACCUAAAGCAAUAAAAGACCAUGACCAAAUAUAUUGGCUAGGUGACCUCAACUAUAGAAUUACUGAAUUAGAUCCAAUUACUGUGAAGAAAUUAGUCAAUGAAAACAAUUUUGGACCUGUUCUAGAAUGGGAUCAGUUAAAACAACAGCAUAAAAACAAAAAUGUUUUUGCUGGUUAUCAUGAGGGUCUCAUAGCUUUUAAACCCACCUACAAAUACGACCCAGGGACUGAUAAUUGGGAUUCCAGUGAAAAACAUCGAGCCCCAGCCUGGUGUGAUAGAAUAUUUUGGAAAGGAGAUCGUGUUACACAAUUAGAUUAUAGAAGUCAUCCAGCAUUAAAUAUAAGUGACCACAAACCUGUUUCAGCUAUUUUUAGUUCUGAAAUUAAAAUAAUAAAUGAAGAAAAGUACAGGAAAAUAUAUGAAGAAGUGAUAAAACAAUUAGAUAAGUUGGAAAAUGAACUUAUUCCACAAGUAAAAGUUGAUGUUACUGAAGUUGAUUUUGGUACAGUUAGGUAUUUAGAAUUACAAGUACGAAGCAUCACAAUUAAAAAUACAGGAAAAUUACCAGUGGAAUUUGAAUUCAUAAAAAAAUUAGAUGAAGCAAACUUCUGUAAGGAAUGGCUCAUUGUUGAACCAUACAAAAAAUGUAUUUGUGCUGAUGAAACUUGUGAAAUCCAGUUAAAAGUAUUAAUUAAUAAGACAUCUGCAUGCAAAAUGAAUGCUGGGACAGAUCAAUUAUAUGACAUUUUAGUUUUACAUUUAUAUGGAGGCAAAGACAUCUUUAUCACAGUAAAUGGGACAUACCAAAGAAGUUGUUUUGGGUGUUCAAUAGAAGUUUUAGUUAAUUUAAAAAUGCCAAUACAAGAGGUGCCUGUUGGUAAGCUAGUAGAACUUGAAAGUAAGAGAGAUCAAUGUGUGUCAAACCAGUCAACAUAUUCCAUACCAAAGGAAAUUUGGUUCUUAGUGGACCAUAUUUAUUUACAUGGAUUAAAAGAACCAAACUUGUUUGAACAACCUGGUUUACAUUCUGAAGUAUUACAGAUUCGGGAUUGGCUAGAUACUGGGUCAAUUGAUCCUAUCCCUGGUAGCAUACAUUCUGUUGCUGAAGCUCUGCUGCUGUUACUUGAAAGCACAGCAGAUCCUAUCAUUCCAUAUAAUCUUCAAUCAGUGUGUCUCAGAGCAUCCACUAAUUAUUUACAAUGUAAACAAAUUAUUAUGGAAUUACCAGAGUUCAGAAAAAAUGUUUUUCUUUACCUAUGUGAAUUUUUACAAGAAGCUUUACAACAUAGUGCUGAAAAUGGUUUAGAUUCCAAGACAUUAUCAACCCUUUUCGGAGCAAUUUUUUUAAGGGAUAAUCCAAAUUUAGUUCAAGAGCCUCAAUCUCGAAUAAACAAACAGGUCAUUGACAAGAAAAAAGCCCAAUUUGUGUAUCACUUUUUUAUUAAUGAUCAUAGUGAUCUCAUAUUUUCAAAAUAA